CAGCAACAGGUUGUGCAGUGCGGUGGUUGAAAGUUGAAUUACUGUUUAAUAACAUAAACAAGAAUAAAAACAAGUUUAAAAUAAAUUGUUUAAUAUUUUAAAUAAUUUAAAAGCCCGAAGAUGACUAAAUAUAUGCCUUACAUAUUGUCGCUUGUUUUAAUAGGAUUUGUUGCCAAAACUAAUGCAAUUUGGUGCUACCAAUGUGUUUCAACUCAACCAGGAUGCGGAACACCAUUCAACUGGCUAUUCCACUGGACAAAAGUAUGCCCAGAAGAUGACGAUGUAUGCGUAAAAAUUUUAGAAGAAAAAGAUGGUGAAACUAUAAUUACAAGAGACUGUUUAAGCUCUAUGCAAGGCCUUCGAACAGACAUUCCAGCUGAUCAUUAUGAAGGUUGUAGGCCUGCAGCAGUAGACGUUAAAUUAGCCAAUUAUGUGAAUAACACUGUAAAAGAACUUGAUAUAUAUAGAAAUUACUAUGACAAUGUUACUUGGUGUUUCUGCUUUUUGGACCACCGAUGCAACAGCGGAAUUACAAUACAAUAUUCCACAAGUGUUUUACUACUAAGUGCCUUGUUAGCAGUAUAUCAACUUUUGUAGGUUUUUUUUAUUAGUCACAGAAUUAUUUUCUUUUAAACAAAUACAUGUAGAUAUUUCAGAUAAGAUAGGAAAGUCUAACUUGAGUUUAUUACCAUAAUCUAUUUACAAAUCAUCGUAUUGGUGGUGAACAGAGCUAAGCCACACACUUAUUAAUUGAAGAAAAUGGG